AAUGCACCCAACUUCCUCUCCACAAGGAACAGUUUUCUGACUUCUCUUCUUGAUUUUUUCUUCUGCUCAGCAAAAAAUGCCUCCUAUUUUGCCAGAUUUCUCCAGCUCAGUUAAGCUUAAGUAUGUUAAGCUUGGCUACCAGUACCUCGUCAAUCACAUUCUUACACUCAUGCUAAUACCUGUCAUGGCUGGAAUUCUCAUCCAAGUUCUUCGUUUAGGUCCCGAAGAGAUUGUUAACCUAUGGAAAUCGCUUCACUUUGAUCUUGUUCAAAUCUUGUGCUCUUGUUUCUUUGUCAUCUUCAUCGCCACUGUUUACUUCAUGUCCAAGCCGAGAAGCAUCUAUCUUGUGGAUUACGCAUGCUACAAGCCUCCGGUCACUUGCCGGGUUCCUUUUGCUACCUUCAUGGAGCACUCCAGGCUGAUCUUGAAUAACAAUCCUAAGAGCGUUGAGUUUCAGAUGAGGAUUCUAGAAAGGUCUGGUCUCGGUGAAGAGACUUGUUUACCUCCUGCUAUUCAUUACAUCCCUCCAGCUCCAACCAUGGAGGCUUCAAGAGGCGAGGCUGAGGUUGUUAUUUUCUCAGCUAUGGAUUCUUUGUUCAAGAAAACGGGGCUGAAACCCAAAGACAUAGAUAUUCUUAUUGUCAACUGCAGUCUGUUUUCUCCAACGCCAUCUUUGUCUGCUAUGGUGAUCAACAAAUACAAGCUGAGGAGUAACAUAAAGAGCUUUAAUCUCUCCGGAAUGGGAUGCAGUGCGGGGCUUAUCUCCAUCGAUUUAGCUCGCGAUCUUCUCCAAGUACACCCAAAUUCUAAUGCAGUUGUUGUCAGCACAGAGAUCAUCACUCCAAACUACUAUAAAGGAAAUGAAAGAGCCAUGCUCCUUCCCAACUGUCUCUUCCGCAUGGGUGGUGCCGCAAUCCUCUUGUCUAACCGCGGCUCUGAGAGGUGGCGCGCCAAGUACCGCCUUGUGCACGUUGUUCGAACCCACAAAGGCGCUGAUGACAAGGCCUACCGAUGCGUGUUUGAAGAAGAGGACAAAGAGGGCAAAGUUGGGAUAUCUUUAUCUAAAGAUCUCAUGGCUAUCGCCGGAGAGGCUUUAAAAUCUAACAUUACCACUAUUGGGCCUUUGGUUCUGCCAACAUCUGAGCAACUCCUAUUUCUUCUUACUCUCAUUGGCCGGAAAAUCUUUAACCCCAAGUGGAAGCCUUAUAUUCCAGACUUCAAGCAGGCGUUUGAGCACUUUUGCAUCCAUGCUGGUGGGCGAGCAGUCAUAGAUGAAUUGCAAAAGAACCUGCAGCUUUCUGCAGAGCACGUUGAGGCAUCCAGGAUGACAUUGCAUAGAUUCGGAAACACGUCGUCCUCGUCGUUAUGGUAUGAAAUGAGCUACAUUGAGGCAAAGGGGAGGAUGAAAAAGGGAGACAGGAUUUGGCAGAUAGCCUUUGGGAGUGGAUUCAAGUGUAACAGUGCCGUAUGGAAGUGCAAUAGAACCAUCAAAACACCAAGAGACGGGCCUUGGAUGGAUUGCAUUGAUAGGUACCCCGUUUAUAUCCCUGAAGUUGUCAAGCUUUAGGCUACAAGAAAUAUUGGGUUGAUUGGUGGGUUUGCUUCUUUGGUUUCAUCGGUACUUUGCUAAAAUCAUGAAGUUCUGAUCCUUCCGGUUCUCUUCAUUUAUAUUUCUCCUGUGUAUUUUCAUAGCCUCUACUUAUUUGUAUCUGCCAUAUCCUUUUUCAUUUUCUUUUCUUCUCUUUUCAAAUCAUGAAUUUGCAUAGAUACCCGAUAUGAUGCUCUUUUAUGUGUUAAUUAAUGUACCCUUUCUGGAAAGAAAAACAGUUUGGAAACAACAGGUUGGAUUAACCCUUGAAAUAAACCUGGAAUAUUAAUAGAAAAUCCUAUUCUGAUUGUAAACGGAAAAAGGAAAUUGGUAUAGCUAAAAAUUCAUCAAUCAUAU